AUGGAGAACCCCAAUCUCGACCCCCGCUUCUUCGAGGAAUCGCGUCAAAGCAUUGCAUUUGGUCCUGCGGCUGUUGCUGACCGUUCUGAACCUGAUCAUGUUGCUGCUCCACAUCAGUACAUCAAUCUCAAUGGCCAAAUCUACAAACUCGACCCCACCUUGUCUGCUGCCGACUUUCCGAACGCUACACCUGUUGAGAUUAAACACACCCACGCCAAAGUUGUGCGACGUUGGAGUCUCAAGGAAUACAACUUCAUCUUCAACUUGGUACGCGCCAAGAUUAACGAGGUUAAGCGCAAGCUUAAAGAAGCCGAUUUCAAGGAUAUUACCAACGCACUGAAUGCCCAGUUCUCAGGCCAAUUCGUAAUUGAAGCAGGUGAAUUGUUAGCCCCUGUAUUUCGGAAAAAUGCUAGCAAAGACGCGAAAACCGAAAAACUAAGUCCGCGAGCUGGCGAACGCUUCACUAUCGCAAACCGAGUUGUCGCAACGGUACACGACUACAUCACCCAUACUCGCCAAUCCGAAUAUCAAGCUUUGUGCGAAGAGUUGUUAGGUCCAGCAUGA